CCUAAAGUAAGUAAGUAUUACCUAUUUGACGUAAGUACCUACCGAGGUAAUAAAAAAUCGUGUAGGGGCCUAAACUUAAGUAAGGUCUUUAUGGAAAAUGCAGUGGACUGUGAAACUACCUAUAUUAUUAUGUUUUAUAUGCGGGUUCGAAUCCCGCCAAGGGAAAAUAUUUGUAUGAUAAAUAUAAAUGUCUUUUCCAGGGUUAUGGAUGUAUAUUAAAUAUAUGUAUGUGUAUAAUAAAAAUCUUACAUUUAUAUCCGUUAUCUGGUACUUGUAACACAAGUUCUUUACGAUCUUAUCACGGGACCAGUUAACGUGGCGUGAUUGUUAGUAAAUAUUUAUUUAUAUUUAUUUAUUUAUGUAGCUUAUAUGUUUACAAAAGUUUGUUGUCUGAUGUGGGGUGUGAAAUUUGCGUAGUUUUGCUUUGUUUGUGAGGUAAUGCGCCACCAGCCUGUACUAUAGCGAAUGUGGGUGUUUUUCUGUACAUAUAUUUAAUAUGUAUUUUCAACAGUCUGUUGUCUGUUGUGGGGUGUGAAAUUUGCAUGGUGAAAUUUGCAUGGUUUUGCUUACAGGGUGAUUCUAAGGGAAAAGGAGAUGGUACUAGUGGAUUGAAACGUUCAUUAAAAAAAAUAGAUUCAUUUUUCCCAAAGAAACCAAGGCUUGAGAUUGCUCACUCGAAAAAUUCACCUACAACAACUAUAGAAGAAAAUAAUUGUAUUGCCGAUGCUUCUGCUUCUACAGCUACAUUGCUUACAUUAACCAUAGGUGAAGAAAAAACAUGCUUUCCUGUUACUAACGAUAUUCAGCCUACAAUAUGUACAUCGACUUCUGAUUCUCAUCAUAUAAAGACUUCACUUUCUCAACCAAAGUUUGCUUCAGAUAUUGCUUGUUAUAUAGAUGAUUCAACCAAAGCUAUGUUGCUUGAAAAGCAUUGGCAGCCUCCUAAUUCUAAUUAUACUUUCCCGCAUUGUGUUGUUAAUAAAAAAGGAAAACAAACAAAAAAAUAUGCUCAGAAGUCUCACCUUGACAAGUUUCACUGGCUUGUUUUGUCGCAUAAAGACCAGGGUCUUUACUGCAAGUACUGUGUUUUGUUUGUCGUAGCUCUUGGAGGUGGUAUACAGACAAAAACACCUUUACGUCGACUCGUAAAAGAACCAUUAAAAGCUUUCGACAAUUUGCUAGGUGAAAAUGGUGUUCUGCUAACACACCAGCGAAACAAAUACCACGAAUUAGCUGUCGAAGCAGGGAAGAACUUUUUAUUGAGUUUUCAUAAACCGGAAAUUAACGUAAUGAACCAAGUAAAUAGUCAAAGACUGAAACAAAUAAAUGUAAAUAGAGAACGUUUGCGACCAAUAGUAAAAACUAUAAUAUUUUGUGGCCAUCAAAAUAUAUCAUUACGUGGCCAUCGCGACGAUGGUAAAUUGCUGAACUAUGACAGCGACGACAGCGUAGUAGCCGAUGAAGGGAAUUUUAGAGCCCUUUUAAAAUUCCGUAUUGACUUCGGCGAUAUUACAUUGCAGCAACAUUUAGAAUCUUCAAAAUCCAACGCCACGUACAUCAGCAAGACUGUACAAAAUGAGUUGAUAGAUGUUUGCGCAGAAAUCAUCCAGGAAAACAUUUUACAGAAUGUGCGGGAAGCUAAAUAUUUUUCAAUUUUGUUCGAUGAAACAACAGAUAUAUCACAUAUUUCACAGCUGAGCCUAUCAUUCCGAUAUUUGCAUGAUGGUAUUAUUAAGGAACAUUUUGUGACUUUUUGUGAUACCUACGAUGCUCUCAGACGUGAAGAGAACAAGAAAGAUAUAGAGCCUCGAUUGACAGGUGUAGCAUUGGCGAAAAUCGUUCAAUAUCUGUGUACCAAAUUUAACUUAGAUUUAUCUUGGUGUGUGGGUAUUGGAACUGACAGUUGCUCGGUUAUGGCAUCAGAUACAAAAGGUGCAGUGCAAGAAUUGAUGAAAAUAGCCAUUCAUGCUAAACGUUGCCCGUGCAACAACCAUGUGCUCAAUAACUCAUUGGCAAGAUCAUCCAAAGUAGUUUCCUGUCGCAAUACAUCUGGCACAAUGAGAAAAGUUGUGGCAUUUGCCAAUGCAUCCGCUAAGAGGCAUGAAAUUUUUAAAAUAGAACUCGGAGCUGCCAUGCAAGGUAUUUGUGAGACACGUUGGGUAGAGAGGCAUGAUGGGCAUCUUCAAUUUCAAGGAGACAACUUAAUCAAAAUUUGUAGCGCUCUGGAGAAGAUUUCUGCCUGGCAAGACAAUAAAACUGCUAAUGAUGCGCAUUGCUUGCUGCAAACAUUGCGCAGUUCUGACUUUAUUAUAUGCUCCAUCUGUUUAAGUGAUGUAUUAUGUACUACUGUAUCUUUAAGCAGAAUAUUGCAAUCGAACUCAAUUGAUUUAAAAAAAGCUACGAACGCUAUUAAUGAUACUUUAAGUGUGUUACAAAAUAAAAGAGAAAAUGUGGACGUAAUCUUUCAUCAGCUUUUUGAAGAGGCUAAAGAAGUAGCUGAGCAGCUAGAUAUAGAAAUUAAAUGCCCCAGAAUAGUAUCAAAACAAAUACAUAGGGCCAAUAAUCAACCUGCUCAAUCUACUGAAGAGUAUUUCCGCAGAGCUAUAUACAUCCCUCUUCUAGAUUCAAUAAUAAGUGAUCUCCAGGACCGCCUGUCUCCUGAUGUACUCAAUUUGUUUCAGCUAUGCGUUUUCAUGCCAAAAGGCGAAUAUAGUAAUGAAGACAUUGAAACUGUGAAACAACUAGCUACCGACUAUACAUUAUUACUAGAUAACACUCCAGUUUCUGUCAUUGUAAAUGAAUAUCGGCUUUGGAUGAUGAAGUGGCAGCGGAGCCAGGACAUACCGCAGUCGAUUUCUGAUCUUAUUUUAAAUUGUGACAUCGAUAUGUAUCCUUUUUUUUUUUUGUUCCUUCGGGUAGAGGGCCGAACCUCCUACGAGGUCCCCGCGCAAAUGGGGCGCGCGGGGUAUGUGAGACGCAACGAUCUGCAUGGUGUUGUGAGCAGACCGCGGGCCCAAGGAUUUUAGAGCCCACCCACUAAACGACUCCUCUGCACUCUUACACCCGACGUCCGAUCCCCUCCGAGGUCAGAACCCGGAUGAGGUAGGGGGGCUACCGCGGUCAACACUACAACCAGACGGCGCGGCUCACCCCAAGGACGCCCAGCCGACGGAGCCUUCGAGGCGAAUCGAAGGCUCUGAAACGUCGGCCGUCUCGGUACGGCAGCCCGUCGGGCCGCCCAGACGGUGCCGCUGGUGUCCCGGAAUACCCCGCUGGACCAGAACCAGCCUGCCGGGUCGGGACGCGAUACACCGUCGACCGGUCGCUCUAUUCACUCCACGGCAGCGCGCUAGAGUGCUGGUAGCGCGCCGCGCGGCCUCACCCCCUCAGGUCGCCCCUUGACCUUCACCGGGGGGAGGCCGCCACCUACAGGGGCCGGGACGU